AUGCUCUGCGGCUUACCUCGUCGUAUUUCAGAAAAAUCUAGACUUAGUGAUAAGCUAUAUUAUUCCAUUCUUUUUAGUUAUGGCUUCGAUGCUGAUGAUGCCAAUGAAAUUGCCGGAAAAUUAGUCAAAAUCCAACAAGAUCUUAAAAAUAUCAAAUUCAAUGUUUCCAAUUUAGAUAUUUAUCAAUACUUUAAAAUAUUCAUGGACUUCUAUAAAGGAAUACUAAAUUUUCUUGAUCUUAAAGGUAUAACGCAAGAAGAGUUUACACAAUUAUCUAGAGAUUUUAUAUAUUGUUGUCAUGGAACUUAUAAGAACCUCAAGAGUUUUUCACAAGCAUGCAGUAAAAAUAUAAUCUGGAUAAAAUUUUAUCGAUAUUUUCCAAAACAUUACGCACAAAAGCUUCUGAUUGCAGGGAAAGAGAUUUGUGUACGUUAUAAUGAUCUUCUUCAGUGGUUGCGUUCUGAAAACAAAAAGUUAUGGGAAAAAUAUAAAUUUAGAAUUCAUGACGAUUUCAAAGAGAAUCCUCAUUAUAAAAAUGUGAUGGAUGACGAUUUAUUCAACAAUAUUCCAGAAAAAGAUAUAACUUUUUGGUUUGACGAUUUAGAUUUCCUUGUUCCAAUUUGUAUUGAAAAUUAA